AUGCAGACAGACCCUUCGCGGGACAAAGAUUACUCCUUUGCUCGCCUAUGUGAUCUGAAGUCGCACGUCGCUCUCAAGAUUACAUCUCUCGAAGGAAGCGUACCUAGAAGAUCAAAUACGGACUCGCUGAAAGAUCCAGAUUUGCUUCAUGCAGGGCUGCAGAAUGACGGUCCAUCUGAUCUAUACAUUGCAUGUCAACUUUGGGCGAAUGGAAUAGAGUACACUCUUCCGUUCCGAACAGCUUGGAAAGACUUUCCUCGUGGAUACAGCUGGAAUUACACGGUUGUGCUUCCAAUCACUUACCCAUCCCUCCUCCUCGCGUCUCAGAUCACGUUCACCAUAUGGGAUUGUCAUGGUGCGGGAAAGCCUGUCCCGGUCGGAGGCACUACGAUGAGUCUCUUCACUGCUAAGCGAACACUAAAGCGAGGUCAGCAACGCUUGUACGUUCAUCGAAAUGUGGAAGCGGAUCCAAGGCCAAAUUCGACUACUCCAAGUGAGAUAGAAGGAGAAGCAGAAGAUGAGAUGGGUAGACUUGAAAGACUGGUCAAAGAAUUUGAUAGGGGUGAUAUCGUGAAGAUAGAUUGGUUGGAUAGGUUGGCAUUCAGACAAAUCGAAAAGGCUCAUUCUGUUGAAUCAAGCAAAUCUGACAAGUUGUACUUAUAUGUUGAUCUACCGAAAUUCGAUUUCCCCGUUGUUUUCUCUGAACAAGAAAGCUCAAUACCUGUCCUCCCAGCACCGAUACCUCAUCCGUUACCACAGAAUCAACAACACGUAUCUGGUGUUCCCCCUCAUUUACUUUCAAGCGAUCCAUACCUUUGGCGCACCUAUGAUCCUGAUGCAUGGCGGGAGAAUCCAGUGGAAGUCAAGCAUAGGAAGCUACUGCGUAGUCAGAGACUUGGAGAUGAAGGAAGGGAUCUGAAACCGGGUCCAGCUGAGCGUGAUCGGCUGAAUGAAAUAUUCCGUCUUCCCCCUACAUCAUCUCUCUCUGCUCUCGAUAAAGAUCUACUCUGGAAAUUCCGUUUCUCGCUUUCAAGGUCCCCGAGAUCUCUGACCAAGUUCCUCAAAUGUGUCACCUGGUCAGAUCCAGUAGAAGCGAAACAAGCUGUUGAAAAGCUGCUGCCAUUAUGGGGACAGGAAGUUGGAAUGGACGAUGCUCUUGAGUUACUAGGUCCUGGAUUUACCGACAAGAGAGUUAGAGCUUUUGCCGUUAAGCGUCUAGAAAGAGCAGACGAUGAGGAAUUACUACUGUACCUCCUACAAUUGGUGCAAGCACUCAAAUUCGAUUCGAUAUCCUCGUCAACCGAUUUGAUGAGAGUCAGUAAACCUCAUAGGAAGCGUGAUACGGCAAUACCUACAGGAGAAGAGGAUAGUGGUCUAGCUCAGUUCCUGAUAGAUCGAAGUAUUGCCAAUCCGGUCCUUGGUACAACAUUUCACUGGUAUCUCAUGAUCGAGUGUGAUGCUGGUCAACCAGUCGGUAAGAUGUACGCUAAAGUCGCAUUUAGAUUCCACCGUGGACUGUCUGAAACGUCAGAUGGUGCAGCUCAGCGAGACAUUCUGCGAAGACAAGGCGAGCUCGUCGAAGCUCUUUCAGCCCGAUCAAAGGAAAUACGUUCUUCCAAGGAUUCGAGAUCCAAGAAAAUCGAGAAAUUGAAAUCGUAUCUUGCAGAUUCAAAACAUAAUCUAUCACCGCUGCCUGCUGCUUUGCCCUUACCUCUGAACCCUAGGGUGACUGUCACUGCGGUCACUCCUGACAAGUCGUCUGUCUUCAAGUCCAAUCUCCUCCCUUUACUUAUAUGGUUUGAAACCACGGACUUCAAUCGAUAUCCGGAGGACGAUUCUUCCCCUGAAACUCCCAUCAGCAUCACUCCCGAUUACCCCAUUAUCUUCAAAAAUGGCGAUGACCUUAGACAAGAUCAACUAGUGAUCCAGCUUUUCACGCUUAUGGAUCGCUUGUUGAGGAAGGAGAACCUGGAUCUUCGACUGAGUCCUUAUAGCGUACUUGCUACGUCAAAAACAGAAGGUAUGGUCCAGUUUGUACCAAGCAAAAGUUUGGCGGCUAUCAUGGCAGAAUUUGGAAGCUUGCAGAACUACCUCAGACAGGAACAUGCGGAUGAUGGCGCAUUGGGAUCAUACGGGAUUGAGACUGGAGUGAUGGAUACUUUUGUCAGAAGUUGUGCCGGUUAUUCUGUUCUUACCUACGUCCUCGGUGUGGGAGAUCGACAUUUGGAUAAUUUGAUGUUGGCGCCAGAUGGCCAUUUCUUCCACGUCGAUUUUGGGUACAUCCUUGGCCGAGAUCCGAAACCCUAUCCACCUCCGGUGAAAGUAUGUAAGGAAAUGGUGGAUGCUAUGGGCGGCACUGCAUCCGCCCACUACGCGCGAUUUCAAAGUUUGUGUUAUACAGCAUUUAUCGGGUUGAGGAAGAACGCGAAUUUGAUACUAAAUCUUGUGGCUCUGAUGGUUGAUGCGGGUAUACAGGAUAUACAAUCAGAACCUGAUAAAGCUGUUUGGAAAGUACAAGAAAAGUUUAUGCUCGAUCUCUCUGAAGAGGAUGCUAUCAAACAGUUUGAAGCAUUACUGAACGAUACAUCGUAUCUGACCAUUGUGUUCGACCGAAUUCAUGAUCUAGCGCAAUAUUUGCGGGAUUAA